AUGGCCAGCCGAUCUUUCAUACCUGCACGAAUAUUAAUACUUUUUUGCGGUUGCUUAAUUUGCAUCAUUUGUACUAUCACGCUUUCGUUAACGUGCAUUUGUGGAGAGCAAUUUACAUCCGGCAGACCGCGCAAUCUUGCUUCAUCGGAUAUGCAUAAGCAGCAAGAUUUGCCUUCGACAUAUUUGGCGAUUGUGAUCAUGUCAUCUGCAGGUGAUGCCGUUUUGCGUACUGUUAUUCGUAAUACUUGGCUGAAAUUAUCUUCAAAAGGUAAAGCAACUUUUCGUUAUGCUUUCCCGAUUGGGAUAGAAAAUCUCAGUUUGAUUUUCAAGGAACGUCUCAAGGAAGAAAAUAAUUUGUUUAACGAUCUGAUUUUUCUAGAGGAUCUUACGGAUACUUACCAAAAUUUGACGAAAAAGUCUUUACUCUCUAUGCAAGCUAUACAUAAUAUGUAUAAAUUCGAAUUUUUAUUAAAGGUGGAUUCUGAUUCGUUUGUACGCUUAGGAGCAUUUUUGAAAGCAUUAAAGGAUAUUGCUGAUCCUAAUUUAUACUGGGGUUUCUUGGAUGGAAGAGCAAGGCCAAAACGAAGGGGGCAGUGGGCUGAAAGAGAUUGGAUUUUAUGUGAUCGUUAUGUCCCUUAUCAGCUUGGAGGAGGUUAUGUAUUAUCUUACAAGUUGGUCGAUUUCCUCGUGCGAAACAAAGAUUUAUUGAAAUUUUACAAGAAUGAAGAUGUGUCAGUAGGCGCUUGGCUGGCGGGCCUUUCUGUUCGCUAUGUUCAUGAUCCUCGUUUCGAUACUGAAUUUCGUUCCAGAGGAUGCAAUAAUCAAUACAUUGUUACUCAUAAGCAAACACCGGAAUCUUUAAACAAAUUAUAUGCUUCAAUUGUAAAUACUGGUAAGCUUUGUGAAAAGGAGUAUCGCAUUCAUCCAUCUUAUGUAUAUGAUUGGUCAGUUCCACCAAGUAUGUGCUGCAGUCGGCAAAAUGACUCUGAUAUACCAUAA